GCGGUCAGUGAAGAGCGCAGGGCGGAUCAGCGAGAGGCCGCGACAACGACACACGCGCAGAAAACUCUCCGAAAUCAACGGAAACGCUCUGUUGCAGUGGGAAUCAUGGCAGACCUGAGUUUGACCGACGCUCUGACCGACAGUGUUCCCCAGUCUGAUGUGGAGAACAUGGUGGAGAAGGAUUUUGUGGCCAUUCUAGAAGCCGAGAGCUUUGAUGAUCAGAUUGGAGAGACGGUGGGCAAAACAGACUACAUCCCACUAUUGGACAAUGACGGCAAGGAUCCAGAUACAGUAGUAAAGAAUGGACAACAGGAAGGGGCUCAGAAACCUGGUGCUAUAAAUCCGCUGGGGUCGUCAGGUGGACAGAUUUCGACAUCUGAGAAACAUGGAAAUGCACGGCCACAUCAGACUGACCAGCAGGCCUUUGGGACAGACUUUCUAACAGACUCAGUGUCUGGUUUUCCCGACCAGUGGGGCGUACAGUCCUUCUCUCCUCAGAUGAUGGACAGUGGCCCACUGGGGCCGUUUUCAGGUUUCUCCCAGCCUAUUGUGACAUCUGCGUUGAACACAGCUGUAGGAGCAGCUCCUCUCCAAACAGAAAGACUGUCUGAUGUUGCCGAACCACAUGGGCCGCCAGCCGCCCAGGCCACCGAAGCACCCAAAACACCUUCCGAACCCCUAGCAGCCAUGACACCUAAAAACCCACUGGACACGCCUGCAGGUGUCUUUGGUGACCACUGGUCUGAUGAGGCCGGAAUUCCAUCCGACCUGCCCUUCACACCCAGCGUUUCCACAGUUAUCAGUCGCCAUGCCACCCACCUGGCAGAAAGCCCACAUGACAUGCCCGACCCUAUGUGGUUCCCCAGAGAUAGCGGGAUGGGAGAGGGUGAUGAGAGGGACGGUGAUGAAUCUGACCGUAAGAAGGAAAAGAAGAAGAAAAAACGGAGACCCCGGGAUGAGAUGUAUGACUUCCACACAGAAAUACAGAGCGAAAGUGUUUUAUCUGAGAGCCCACAUCAGUCCUCGCCACGCAAGGAACGGGACCGGGAUGGAGGCUGGGAAGAUGUAGGACGCAUCGGCGGACGAGUUAAGAAGCCAAAAAGCCGCAAGAAGAUUCCAGAAGAAUGGGCGAUCCAUGCCGAACCCUUUGUCCCUGCUUCUGCCUCCAUGUCGGAAGAGUUUGGAACUGAAUUAACCUCAUCGCCACUUGGAGGUGAUAGCGGUCUUGUCUCCCUCUCUGAAGAUUACACCGAUGAGAGUCUGAUUCCGCUGUCUCUUACUCAAGAUCUUCUGUCCCUCACGGCCACUUCCCCAACAUCUACAGUUCAACCUGCAGCAUCCUCUCCAAAGUCUCCAAGUCAUGCUUCUGGUCUCUCACCCCAACAUCCCUUGUCCAUUUCCACUGGUUUCCAUGAUAUCAUUAUGGAAACAGACGGCGCCUAUCUGGAUAAUCCACUGGGCAAGGAUGAUCCACUUGCUUGCAGCAUCAAUGACACUCAGCCUUUUAUGUCUACUGGUGGAACCUUUGAGGAAGCCAUGUUUGUUCAAGAACAACCCUUUACGACUUCCACAAUGGAAACCCAAGGUUUGGUUGAGUCCCCAGUGAAAGAACCUCAAGUGUCCACCCCUGGAAGCACUUGUUUUGUACCACCAAUGGAGGCUCUCAUCUCAGCACCCCCAUUCUCACCAUCUGGACCAGCGUGGUCUCUUAAUAAUCACAGUCAGCCGUUCGAUCUUUCAGGAGUGGAAGGUGUUAGCUUUGAGAUUCAUGUCCCAAUUCCUGCAUCUCCUCUUUCACCAAAGAGCAAAACCCCAAAGGAGUCCAAAACCAAACCGGGCAAGAAGUCCCAUCCAACAUCAAUAAAGAGUCCCAAGUCUCCUGAUGCAAAGAAUUCCGAUCUGAAUCCGGCCGCACCUCCGUUCUUCCCUAGUUUUGCAGAACCUCAGGAACAUGGAGCUGGACCGGCCGUCACGUUGGAAGCAGGCAACUCUGAGAAAAGCAAGCCAGAGGUGAACAAAAUGGACGAUGUCCAGAAGUUUGACAACUUUGAUGUCUUCAACAAGACGGACAAAGAUCAUAAGAUGGUCACGGUGGAGCAGAAAGACAAAUCUGACCACACAGACAAAGAAGAAAAAACUCUGGACAAAAACAACGAAAUGGAGAAGUCAGAGAAACUGGACAAGGUUGAAAUAGUGGACAAGGUACAAACACCAGUGAAAGUUGAGAAGAUUGAAAAGACAGAUCAGUUGGAAAAAACUAUAAAAGAUGAGCCCGAAAAAGUUGAGAAGGUUGAGAAGACACAUCAGUUGGAAAAAACUAUGAAAGAUGAGCCUGAAAAGGUUGAGAAGACACAUCAGUUGGAAAAAACUAUAAAAGAUGAGCCCGAAAAAGUUGAGAAGAUUGAAAAGACAGAUCAGUUGGAAAAAACUAUAAAAGAUGAGCCCGAAAAAGUUGAGAAGGUUGAGAAGACACAUCAGUUGGAAAAAACUAUAAAAGAUGAGCCUGAAAAGGUUGAGAAGACACAUCAGUUGGAAAAAACUAUAAAAGAUGAGCCCGAAAAAGUUGAGAAGGUUGAGAAGACCACUGAUAAAAAAGAGACAGCAGAAAAGAUGGAUUCCUCUCCAAAGGUGGACAUAAACGAGAAGAUUGGUCAAAUCGAAAAGACCACGCUGAAGACGGAGAACGUCAAAGUCGAGGAGAACAAAUCAAACCUGAAAACCGAGCAAGACAAAGUAGAAAAGGACAAGCCGGAUGUGAAGCAAGAAAAGGAGAAAUUUGAAAAGGACAAAGCAGAACAGAAGACAGAAAAAGACAAAACAGACAAAGAUGAAGUAGAGCAGAAAGCAGAAAAUGUUGAAUCAGCUGGCAAGAAAGUUGAGAAGGACAAUAAAGCAGAGAAAGCCAAAAAACCUGCUGCUAAACCCUCAGCACCCAAACUUGCAGUAACCAACGGUGCACCUGGAAAAGACUUGACUUGUCCCGACAAGAAGACCAAGCCUGUCACUGGAGCAACCAAACCUAGCUCCGCCAAGCCCCGGCCAAGCUCCACCUCCAAUGCUACAGCUGCCCCCAAGCGUCCAACCCCUACCUCAGCCACCAGCUCAUCUGCCCCCAUCAAAAAAGCCCCUGUUCCCAAAGCACCCACCCCAGCCGCUGGUACCAAAGGGCCAGCUACAGUGUCCACUCGACCCACAACUACAACCAGCACUGCCACGUCCAGUACAGUGGCCAAAGAGGUCAAGCCGAAGACGGCCACUGAGAAACGCCCACCAGUGCCAAAGGCCACUGCUGUGCCCGCACGACCCGCCGCUCCCAAAAACAGCUCGUCUGCAACAGCGGAAAACAAACCCGCAACCACAACACGCACAGCGACUACAACACGCACAACAGCCAGUGCCCCUACAGCACGACGUCUGGCCACGAAGACCGAAAGCAAACCUGGAGAGGAAAAGAAACCAAGUGCACUGAAAACUGCAGAUGCCGCCCGCUCUAAAUCUACACCCCUCAGAACCUCCACCACUUUAAGCAGCGCCACCACUCGUCCUCGCGCCACAAAAACACCCGCCUCCUUCAGUAGCACUUCAGCCACUGCUGCGCCAGAGAAGAAGCCACUGGUGCCCCGCGCCACUCGACCCAACUCUACGACCACCAGCACCACGACUCGCCCUGGCUCCGCUCCUGCACCAGAUAUCAAAAACGUCCGCUCCAAGAUCGGCUCUACGGACAAUAUUAAACACCAGCCCGGUGGAGGAAAGGUCACAGUGUCUCAGAGCAGGACGAGCACUCACAGCUCCACCUCCAAAGACACCAGCCAGGGCAAAGUCCAGAUUCUCAACAAGAAGGUGGACUUGAGUAAAGUGACUGCAAAGUGUGGUUCCAAGAGCAAUAUCAAACAUAAACCAGGUGGAGGUGAUAUAAAGAUCGAGAGUCACAAGGUGAACUUUAAAGAUAAAGCCCAGUCCAAGGUUGGCUCCAUGGAUAAUGUCAGUCAUGAGCCUGGAGGUGGUAAUAUCAAGGCUGAGGGGGCCCAGGAGACUGCUGAGGGUAGCGGGGCUCCCUCUAGUGGUGUCUCGGCCGCCCAGCCCGCAGCCAGCCCGGCCCAGGAGAAUGGGCUGAAGGAGGGCACCCCCUGCAGGAGUGAGGAGCUCCGGGACCCCCAGGGUCUGGACUCACUCAUCCCUGAAACAAGCAUCUAACUCAACUUUUUGCUAUCACUGUGCCCUUUUCAUUUCACCCCCUCUAUCACCCCCUCUCCUCCCCGUUGACCCUGUUUUUAUGUUCUUCUGCUCCUCUAUUCUGUCUUUCCUCACAAUCUCUGAUGCAGAUUGAGUCUUUCAAGCUAAAUUUCCGCGAGAACGCUCGCUCUCGCACGGACCACGGCGCCGACAUCAUCACCUGGCCCAUCUCUGGUGACAGCCCUGUCCACCCCCACCUGUUACGCAGCAGCGUCUCGCUCAACGACUCCCUUGCGACCGUCGGCAUACCCCGCUCUCAAACGACCCCUGCCCUCUCCUUCCAAGAACAAGGAGGUGACGCUUGUUCGCUCACCGGACUCCAGACAUGAUUUCUCUCUUACCCUUCAUCUGCUGCUCUCUAAAUCCCACCUCCUACCAUUGCUAUUACUCAUUUGAUUGGUGUGCUUGUUGUUGAUGUUCUUGACCGUGAUUUCUGAUUGGUUAGAGCUAUUACUCGGCUGUGCACAGACUACACACUUCAGAAUAUGCAAAAAAUGACCGUAUUGAAGAGGGUUGGGAGGGCAGUACUCCUCCUGAGUGUCUGGAUACUCUGAUGGUAACGGUUUGGAAGCUUUGAUUUGGAAAUUACAUGGCAAACCCAAGCAGACAACACCUACAUAACUAGUUGUAGAGCAUGAAAUCUAGUUGUAGUCCUGACAACUAAAGGCUUUUUCACAUGACUCGCAUCAGCGUUGCCCAGUGAACUCUAUGGAACGCAAGCCCGUCAAGCAUUUCAAACACUUUCAACUAACUCUUUUGCAGAUAACCUUUCGAAGUGUUUAAAUGUGCAAUCUUACACCGAUUAUGCUUAAUAAGCCGACGACAUGUAAAUGCCUUUUAAACGAAUUUGCCUAAUCAGUGUAAGGUUGUAAACAUUUACGUUUAAGCAAAAACCGAUCAAUGCGUGCAAGUGUUGUGCACAUGACUGUUAAUGGAUAGAUGUCAAUAAUCUGGUGACUUCAAGUGUCAUGUAAACGUGGCUUUCUUGCAUUGUCUGAUUGCUUGAAUAUGCCGUUUUUUGGUCGUUAUCAGCGUAUUGGUGUGCAUGUAAACGUGCUCGGCGAUUAGCAUACAAUUCACACGUGAUUUUGCCUCACUAAUGCCAUUUAGAGUCAAAGAAACUUGCGCUGACACCCUGACACGAGUCGUGUGAACAGGCCUUUAUUCUGUUUAACCAUGUUGCAACUCCUUUAGGAUCUCAAACUUGGUAUUCAUAAUGAAAGUAGCUGAUCUGUACGUGCCCAUCACCACCAUAUAAACAUAUAUACAUCUGGAUCCAUCUGGCCAUCAUCUCAUUCAGCAUACAGGGCUGUCAUGUGACCCUGUCAUGUGCUCCUCUCCCUUGACCUUCAGUACAGCUGAUAUUUAAACACUUAGGCUAUGUGAAUGGCUGUUUUCGAAAUAGCGUACUGCUGUACUACUCUUACUGUUUUUGCAGUAUAUACUAUGAAUACUGUGCAAUUUAUGCACAUUUUCUGUAUGCAUGGAGUUCCCUGAUGACCACCUUCAUUUGCUAAAAUGCGCUGUGAACAAAGUGCAGUACUGCAUUCCACAAUGCAAUGUGCUUGACUUAACCUUUCAUUUUCAAAGGUGGGCUAAAAUCGUAUUAUCCAGGUCUGUUAGUCGGACUUCGCAAAAACUGAUACGAUUUCAGUCGAACUAAAGCAUUGACAUUUUAAAAAGACAAAUUAUUGUUUUAAUCCGACUGAAGUCUAACUUUUGAAGUGCAUGUAACUUGAUUGGACCACCUAAACGGUUUUUUGUUUUGUUAUUUUUUUAACACAGAAUUGCAUUAGAAGUGCAAAAAAGUAGGGAUUUACCAAUAUGAACUUUUUUCCCCUUUUUCUCCCAAUUUGGAAUGCCCAAUUCCCAAUGCGCUCUAAGUCCUCGUGGUCGAGUAGUGAUUCGCCUCAGUCUGGGUGGCGGAGGACGAAUCCCAGUUGCCUCCACGUCUGAGAUCGUCAACCCGCGCAUCUUAUCACGUGGCUUGUUGAGCACGUUGCCACGGAGACAUAGCGCGUGUGGAGGCUUCACGCCAUCCACCGCGGCAACCACGCUCAACUCACCACGCGCCCCACUGAGAACGAACCACAUUAUAGCGACCACAAGGAGGUUACCCCAUGUGACUCUACCCUCCCUAGCAACCAGGCCAAUUUGGUUGCUUAGGAGACCUGGCUGGAGUCAUUCAGCACGCCCUGGAUUCGAACUAACUCCAGGGGUGGUAGCCAGCGUCUUUACCACUGAGCUACCCAGGCCCACAAUAUGAACAUUUUUAAUCAAUAUCAAUUGUAACAACAGCCGAUACCGAUAUUUUGCCACUAUUUUGACAUGAGAUCAAUGUUUGUUUGUUUGUUUUUUAGGAAUUAUGCUUUCAAAAAUGUACAAACGGGUACAAAAACCAUUUUAUUGUUCUAACAAUUGUUCUAAAAAUAAUUUCCAUUGAAAAUGGAUUGGAUCUGUUGAACACAUGACAGGACAAACAUUUUUAGAGUCACAAUGAUAAAUAUAAAUACACACACACACACACACACACACACACACACACACACACACACAAAUACAGAUAAAAAAAAAUAGUUGUAAAAAAUUUGAGGAAAAAACGUUUUUGCACUUUUAUUUUUGCCGUUUUAACCAAUAUCUACAUACUGUAUUAGAACAUUGCAAAUGCAUGUUAUGCUUAUGCUUUAAUUUUUCGGAUUUAUUUAUUUUGAUAGGUGUUUGUUUUAUUUUAUUAUUAUUUUACACAGGAAACAAUAUUCUAAAAUGCAAUAAAUUUAUGUUUUUUGUGUGUGUGGUUUUUUCCCCCCAAUAUCAGUGUUUUCGUGCUUAUGACCAAUUUGCUGAUGAUUUUAUUUUGGUCAAUAAUUUGCCGAUAAAUAUCGGUGGCCGAUACAUAACCUACAAAAUAGCCAUUUUUAUUACCAAGAUGAUAAGCGGACGCCACUCGCUGAAUUAAACAUAGAAGGUAAUCAAUAUAUGUAGCAUACUACUAAAGUAUAUACUACAGUAUUCCAUAUAUACUGUAUUAAAGCAUUCAUUAAGUAGUAAGCUAGUACUCCAUUCUGAACACAGCCAAUCUCUCUUAAACUGUGUUUCGUGAUGGUGUGUGUUUGAGUGAAUACUGUAGCAUUGAUCUGUGUUGUUAAACUGUUUAUUUUGACUCUUUAGUUUAAUUCUCGUGACCAGCUGAUGUUUCUUUUUCCUCGUAAUUGUAAAGCAAUAUAACGGUCUCUCACAAUGCCCAUAAGACAUUAAACUCCACUUAAACGCACAGUAAAUUAAGCUGAUAGUGUCAAACGCGCCUUCAGACAGGUUUGUGAAAGUGAAGAGGGUUUGAGGUGGAUAUUUAAUGGACCAUACAACAGUAAGUAGUUCUGAGAGACAGGAAGUGUGGAGACACACUUAGUAGAUGUUGACAAGUUGAAGCAACGUGUACGCAUUUGUUUAGGAACAGCAUGUUUUUACAUGGGAAAAGGGGAGGAGGUCCAAUGGCGAGUCAGUGCCUGGUACCUGUAGCAUAUACGCUUAUUUCCUGCCUUUGAAGGGACACAAGACGGAAUGUCACAGCUUGAAACCUUAUAUGUACUUUUAAUAGUUGCUUUAUGAGAAACCAGCGAAAUUGUAAGUGAUUUCAGUAGUUUUAAUUGCUUAUAACAUAUUAGUCGUCAACCAAUAUGGGUUGUUCAAUGGCUGAUGCUGAUACCGAUAUAUCUAGAGAGCAGGGUGGCCGAUAUAAUUCUGGUGAAAUUGAAUGACAGCAAAAUGAGAUGUACACAAAAUAGCACUUGUUUUACACAAUAUAUUAACUAAACUGGUUAUUGCUUAUGCCGAUAAUCUCAAAACAGCCAAAUAUCGGUUUAUUAAUCGGUCUGGCCGAUAUAUCGGUCUAAUACUAUUGCAAAUGUUUUUGCAGGUCUUUUUAAGAGUUAAAGCUUUGCUUUCUGGUUCAUCUUGUGAGUCGAACGGUUAUUGCGGGGGUUUAACGUUGAAACGUUUCAUGUAGCUUUAUUUCACUUGUAGCAUUUUCUACGAUAAUUGUUAUUACGAAUGGCCAGAUUAUCAGCAGAUUGCACCCAGUUUGGAAAAACAUGCACACAUAUCUAAUCAUGCUAAAGUCAAGCACAUAUGGGUGAGAAAUAUGAUUUCUCUUGGAGAUGUUUUUAGAUAAAGAAUGCAACAGUGUCAUUUAGAUAUUGAUAGUUGGCAGCAGUCUCCCAUUUCCAUUUAUUUAAAUUAUUAACCCAUAAAUUGGCAAAAAGAAAACAUGGCACAGUAGAAAAUGCAUUAUUUUACUAAGUAAUAAUUUGGGCAAUAGUAGUUAUUUAUAGUCCUUUCUUUUUCAGAAAAAGGAGAGGUGUGUAAAUAGUUGUAUCUGAGCUGUGUUGUGCAGCAUUCGAACACUAUGGGCAAGCUUUAGUCUUUGAAGUACAAUAAUAAUGUCUAACCUCGACUUUUGCUUGUAGUAACAUGGUCAUAUUUCAAUCCAUUUUCUGUGCCUGAAUGCAACCCAUUCAAAAAUCGCAGCAAUUGAUUUCCCGAUUACUAGCAAACAGAUUUAUGUAAAUAAAUACAUAUUGCCAUCUCUGUUAACACUUACGAUAUUGCCACAAGAGUAAAAGCAACGUUUGAAAAAAUAAAUCUGUGAUGCUCAAAAAAAAGUUACUGCUGAUAUUAUGUACCUUUAAUGGAUUUUAGGUAUUAUAAACUAUUGUUUGUAUUAUUAUAAUUAUUAUUAUUGUUGUCAUUUUUGGCCCUUUUCCAAGGAAAAAGGCAGAGGAGAACAAAUGUGUUUGAAAUAUACUAAAGAUGCAGUGCACAUAUAUUUGUGUGUCUUUAAUAUUUUGGUUUUCGGUAUCGGUUAAGAUGGCAGAUGGGUCCUUUUCAGGUGGCCCAUGUCCUUGAAACAUCUUAUUAUCUCAAUGAGUCUCACAUAGCCCCUUACCUAUUUACAAAUACUAGUCGUACAACAAUGAAUGCUGAGAAAGAAACUAAAAGGGGGGAUGCAUUAAAUGUGUUUCAAUUGCACUGAUUGAUUGUGCCAUGAAGGACCAGGACAUACGGUUGAAGGAGGGAGUGAGAGGAGAGGUCCAAUUAUUAUUACUAUUAUUAUUAUUAUUAUUAUUAUUAUUUUAUCUAAUUCUGGGAGAGUUGUUGCCCGUAAUCAUACUAUUAUUAUAAAGCCGUACAACCCUGAAAUGAGACAUGAGAACUAAAGAAACGAACAAAUUUAUUCUGCAAAACCAGUAGUUCUGUUGUGGAUUCUUGUGAUUCGGUUUGUUUUCCUUUUUAUUUUUUGAGUUUUUCCAUGAAAAUUUCAUUAUAUUUUUGGUUUGAUUGAGGUGUUAAUUGUGGUUAAUUGUUAACUAUGAUGUGAUUAUUAAACAUUAAAUAAAAGAAAGUGUUUAAAACAUUC